UCAAUGUAUCGAAUGAUUUGACAUUUUUUGUUGAUCAUUUCUUUUGUGCCAUCACUAAUUUCUCGCAUAUAGUUUGUCAAUAUUGUGUCUAUUGUGUUUUUCAUCAUCGAUAAUGGCAAGAUCACCGACUGAAUAUAUUGAUAUUAAGUUAUUUCAAGAUGAUUUCAAAAACAUUGAUCAAGAAUUUCUCCAAUCAGUUGUUUCGAUAUGCAGCUUUUUUAUUUCCAAAGAAAAUUUCCAUAAAAAACAAUUUUUAUUGAUGACCAAAGAAGCUACAUAUGUAUAUAUGGUGAAGAAAUAUGCUCAUGGUUAUCGUUGAAACAUGAUAUACAAACCACAACAGAUAUCAAUUUUAAAUGAUAUGAAAAUCGUUCAAGUAGAUUCUGGCUAUGAUUUUGUUGCCAUUCUAACUAAUAAUGGACAUGUAUUCAUAGCUAGCGAUGUUAAAUCUAAAUGGAAAACUAAUAAUACUUUCAAAUUAAUCAAUCCCCAUUAUUGCCGUUUCAAGAUGAUUGCUUGUGGAAAGCAUCAUUUAUUAAUGCUAGAACGAGAUGGUUAUGUUUUCGAUUUUGGUCAAAUAACUGGUAAUGAAACAUCAUCAUAUGAAAGAAUGAUCCAGAUUGCUAACCUAAAAAAUAUCAAGCUCAUAGUCUGUGGAUUAAAUCAUAGUUUAUCAAUAACUAAUAAAGGAGAAAUUUAUUCCUGGUUCAAUACUCUUUACAACAAAAGGGAUCCAUCUCUUGUUUCAUUUCCAAAUAAUUGUUCAGCACGAAUCAAAGAUAUUGUGGCUGGCAGCAAUCAUUCAUUAUUUUUAUUCGAAAAUGGUCAGCUUUGGGGAUGUGGUUCUAAUUACAAUGGUGAACUUGGUCUUGGUGAUAAAAAUAAUCGAAAUUUGACAAAAAUACCAAUUGAAAAUGUACAACAAAUUGCGUGUUCAAAAUUCCAGAACUUUUCAUUGGCAUAUGAUGGAUCAUCGUAUUAUGCAUGGGGAAAAACCAAAUAUUACGAAUGGUUAACACCUAGAAAAUUGGAUUAUCCACAUUCGUCUUUUGCUUCUGCAUCAGCUCUGUUAUGCAAUUCACCAAUCACAUUUGGCCUAUGUAAUGUUAAAGAUAAGCUCGAAGGGUUAAUAUCAAAAAUGGCUGAAAUUAAUUUUUAAAAAUAUUCAAAUUUAUCUUUUUUUUUGUUUCCUGUAUUCUUGUUUGUCGUCUGGUGUUUAAUUUCAAAAAAAAAAAAAAAAAAAAAUUAAAUAAAAUCCAAGUUGAAAUUCUUGUUA